GUAGGUAGGUAGGUAGGUAGGUAGGUAGGUAGGUGGGUAGGUAGGUAGGUAGGUAGGUGGGUAGGUAGGUAGGUGGGUAGGUAGGUAGGUGGGUAGGUAGGUAGGUACGCGUAGGUAACCACAGGAAGAGAAUACUUUCACUGCCAAAGUAUGGUUGGGAGCCUUCGGGAAGGAUAAGAAGAAAGCUAAGCACGAGUGGGAACAACAAAGACGGUGAGAGUGAAACGGAUGGAGUAUAUCGGUGCAGUACCGUAUUGCUCUUCCGACUGUCAUUACCGGCCUUCACAUCUCAGUCAUUCGACUGUCGCCUAGUUACCGACAAAUUUCCAGCGCGAACGGUGUUCCAGACAGAAUUUCUUGACAGUGAUAACGUACGCGCGCACGUUAUAUUCAUCCAUUUCCGCGAUUGUUAGUGAACGGUUUUCGUGUUAAAAUCAGUGACGAUUGGAAUCGAAUGUUACCUGGAAUAUCAAUUUCCACGCUUUCGUCCUCCAAGUGAAGAAUUCUUAAAGGAUUGUUCGGCAAAUCUGUUCGCCGAACAGUGAUAAAAUAUCGGUGCAAUCUCAGUUGAAUUGCGAUAGAGUGCUGUCAAUGAUCGACGUGCGAGAGAACGACAUAAGUACAAACUUUGUACUAAAAUUUCAGUGUGUUAUGUGUAUGUUAAAAUAUGAUCCUUUUAUCUUGUGAUAAUUAUUUAUCAUUUUUUGUUUAUAUAGGAAUAAAUAAAUCGCAAAAAAUAAGCUGUUAAAACGAAUGUCACUACAAUUGGUUGCACAAAAAUACAUACAAGGAGAAUAGAAAUACAACAUAUUUCUUCAGGAUGUCUAACGUGUCAAUGAAUUAUUAAUGCUUCGUGAAAUUAUGCAUCAACGAAGAAGUGUGAAAGUGAUCUACCAGAAUCGAUAGAAGCGUCAUGAGGAUUAUAAAUGCUGACGUAUCCUUUGGUGUUCGUGGGACUGAAAAGAUCGGCACAAGGCCGCCCGACAUUCCAUUAUGACAAUCAACGAGACUACGAGAUCGCGAGACUAGAACAACUCAAGGAAUUCUAAAGACAAGAUCGAAUCGUUUUCUUCAGGAUGGUCUUCAGCGCUAUAGUGGUGACGUCCGCCUUGAAGGGCGCCAUUGGCCUGAUGGGCACGGGUUUAUGGCUCGUGCCGCUAUUGAUAGCGGGUCUCUCUUAUUAUCGUUACGAUCAGCUCGAUCCCGAGAGCCGACCGAUCGACAAGUACCCUCUGUACGCGGAAUACGAUUUCGUAGUUGUCGGCAGUGGUUCAGCCGGAGCGGUAGUCGCCAGUCGACUCUCGGAAAUACCAGAAUGGAAUGUGCUGCUUCUGGAAGCCGGCCCAGACGAGAACGAGAUCACGGACGUGCCGUCUCUAGCGGCAUACCUGCAGCUGACGAAGCUCGAUUGGAAAUACAAAACAGAGCCCACGGGCAAGGCUUGUCUAGCUAUGAAGGGCGGCCGUUGCAAUUGGCCGCGAGGCAAAGUCUUGGGAGGCAGCAGCGUGCUCAACUACAUGUUAUACGUUCGCGGAAACGCGCACGACUUCGACCACUGGGAGUCAUUGGGUAAUUCUGGCUGGGGAUACGAGGAGGUUCUCCAUUACUUCAAAAAGUCAGAGGACAAUCGCAACCCGUAUCUGCAGAAGAGCCCUUAUCACGCGACCGGCGGCUACCUGACGGUCCAAGAAUCGCCGUGGAAAACGCCUUUGGUGAUCGCCUUCGUUCAAGCCGGUGUAGAGAUAGGUUACGAGAACCGGGAUAUCAAUGGUGAACGACAGACAGGUUUCAUGAUAUCGCAGGGAACUAUCCGCAGAGGCAGCAGAUGCUCCACUGCGAAGGCAUUUCUGCGGCCCGUCCGACUACGUAAAAAUAUUCAUAUAGCUAUGAACAGCCACGUGACUAAAAUCAUAAUCGACCCGCUGACAAUGAAAGCGGUCGGUGUCGAAUUCAUUAGAGACGGCCGUAGACAGAUAGUUCGAGCGCGUAAAGAGAUCGUAUUGUCGGCGGGCGCAAUCAACACUCCUCAGAUUUUGAUGCUCUCGGGCAUCGGGCCGAAGGAGCACUUGCGACACGUUGGUAUCCCACUCGUCAAAGAUCUCCGGGUCGGCGACAAUCUGCAGGACCACAUAGGCAUGGGCGGCUUGACGUUCCUGAUUGACAAGCCGGUUGCCAUAGUUCAAGAUCGCUUCCAGGCGACUCCGAUGACGAUGCACUAUGUGGUAAACGGCAGAGGUCCCAUGACGACCUUGGGUGGCGUUGAGGGUUACGCCUUCGUUAACACAAAGUAUGCCAAUCAAUCCAUAGACUACCCGGACAUACAGUUCCACAUGGCGCCGGCCUCCAUCAAUUCCGACGCAGGUGUGCAAGUGCGGAAGGUCUUGGGAUUGACGGAUGAAGUGUACAACGCUGUCUACAGGCCGAUCGCCAACAGAGACACCUGGACUAUCAUGCCUCUGCUGCUGAGGCCCAAGUCCCGAGGUACCAUACGACUACGAAGCUCUAAUCCUUUUCAUAGCCCCGUCAUCAACGCGAAUUAUUUUUCCGAUCCCAUGGACAUCGCCGUUCUGAUCGAGGGUGCGAAGCUCGCACUCCGAGUAAGCGAGGCAAAGGUAUUCAAGCAAUUCAGCUCGAGGCUCUAUCGCGCCAAACUGCCGGGAUGCAAACACCUCAAGUUUGGUUCAGACGCCUACUGGGAAUGCCACAUUCGACACAUCUCCAUGACGAUUUACCAUCCCGUAGGCACUGCCAAAAUGGGACCAUCGACGGAUCCCACCGCCGUAGUGGAUUCAAGAUUGAAAGUCCACGGGGUCUCGGGCCUUCGAGUCAUCGACGCGUCUAUCAUGCCGACAAUUACCAGCGGGAACACGAAUGCUCCUGUUGUUAUGAUCGGCGAGAAAGGUGCCGAUCUUAUCAAGCAGGAUUGGUUAGCCGUCGCCACUAGCCGAUCGUGAAAGUAUAUGUGAGCCAAAGAUGGACGUUGAGAGGGGAGUGAUGAUUCCGCUUGGAAUACGAUAAUUGUUCGUCUCGUUUCAAACGUUUCCUUUACACGUGAGCGUAACGCGCGAGUGAUCAUUAGUGUAGCUAAUAAGAGAGGCGUAUCGAUAGGUGUUUACCAUGGAAUAUUUCUUGUACAUCGCUUACUUCGCUGUUUACUAUGGAUUAUUUCCUGUGUAUCGUAUACACAUGUACGCACACAUAUGCUGUGAUCUGAAUACAUAAUCGAUCGACUGCAUUAUCGUAAACAUAUGGCGUAAUAUGUUUGGUUCAUUUAGCACGUUCUUUACAAACUUUUUAUAAUAAGACAGAAACUCGUGUAUCUUCAGAUAUUUACGAGAUAUUCAUGAGAUAUAUCACGUAAAUAUCGAUUGAUUUAUUACACUUGCGUAAUGCGAUUCGCAAAGAUGUUCGACGUGUAACAUUAUCGUUCGCUGGCCAAUCUUUCAUUGUUUUACAGAUGUUUGAAAAAUUGUUUAGCGAGGUACCGGCUGUAUUCAGUACAAUGACCGUUCACUGAGAAUUGAGUGUAUUUUUAGAUUUAACUGGUGAUACAUUUAUACAUUUUUUAACAGAUCUAAAAGUAUCUAUCAAUAAGAUCGAAGCUUUCCCUAAGCGUUUAUUGAAUGAUCUUUGUACUAGAUAUAUCUGUUAUUAGUGCCAGAUACUUUAUUUCUUUUUACACUCAUCUAUCUAUUAAUUAUCUAUCUAUCUAUUAGUUAUAACGACAAGAACUUCAGAUGCUGACACGAUAAUGCACAUUGGUCAAUGUCAAACUAAUAAUAUGCAUGAUGUGCGAAGUAUUCCUUUCAGUCAAAUAUUUUUCAAGCGUUGUAUCUUGGAAAAGAUUAUUUAGUCAACUCGGUCGAUAUUCUCUUAUUCCAUAUGACGCAUACUAACCAUUCUAUUAAUCUGUCGUAAAAAACAAAUUUUUGUAUGUUAUAGAAUUAUUGUAUCGAUAAUAAUGGAAGGAAGGAAAAAAUUAAUUUUAAAAACCUGGUCACACUGUAUUUCAUCUUCACAAGAAUUUAAUGGCAUCCAUAUGUUGUGCACAUGUUGUGAUGUAAUGAAAUAUAAAUGAUCUGUUAUCUAUUGCUGUAGUUAUUGGAUAAGAAAGUUUCAAUGAUAAAACUUUGUAGGCCAGUUCAAGCAUGGAAUCGCGAAAUUAUAUCGAAACAAUACGUGAUACAAUACGUGAAAAUUGUUAAAUUUUCUCAGGUAUAAUUUAGAGUUUUUCAAUUUUUUUUGUUUCGUGCCAUACGAUAGUUUAGCGUAUAUUAAAAAAAUGAAUGAAGAAUCUCACUUCGUUCUAAAUAUAUACGUUUAUAUAGUUUAUGCAGUAGCACGAUAAUUAAUUAUUUGCAGCCGUAAUAAGCAAAUAAGAUAUUAGAUAUGUUGAUUUAUUGUUUACAUAAAAUGUUAAAAAGCAUUUUUACGAAUUAAUCUCAUGAAUUUAAAAAUUGUUGAAGAUGUUUUUCGUUGUAAAAUAAAUGAUGUUAU